AAAGAUGUGGGGUCGUCACAUGACACAGACAUCCGUGUCACCAAUCUUUCUCUCAGUGGAUUGCAGAUGCCAUGUUAUCACCGGCCCAGAGCAAACUUAUAAUACAAUUUUCCAAUCGAUUGAUUCCCUCCCUAUCGGCGGCCUAUCCACCUUGCUGUCUCUCUUCUGCUGUUGUUGUUGUUGCUUCUGCUGCUGCUGCUACUGCUGCUGAGGUUGUCCCUUCACCUUCACCUCGUCUUUCUUCGUCAACAGAAGGGAACCCAACGGAGGAAGGAAAGAAAACAUUGGAGCAGCCCCGAAAAGAUCGCAACUUUCCAUGCUCUCGGACCUCUAAGAGGCAGCGGCUGGCAUCUCCAAUGGGAAUCUCGUCGGAGGAAGCUCAGGAUCGAAGGAUGCAGGGGUGGCUGUACCUGGUCCGGUCUAAUCGACUUGGGUUGCAGUACUCGAGGAAGAGGUACUUCGUUCUUGAUGGCAACGCCCUCAAUUGCUACAAGAACGUACCCGCGUCAAAUAAAGAGGAACCUAUUAGAAGUGCAGUGAUUGACUUCUGCAUACGCGUCACAGAUAAUGGGAGAGAGAAUAUGCUUAGAAAUGUCAUGUAUGUAUUUACGCUGUGCAGUGCCUCUAAUCACAAAGAUCAACUUAAGUUGGGUGCCAGAAGCUCGGAAGAAGCUGCAAGAUGGAUCAGAUCUAUAAUGGAAGCAGCAUUAAAGGAGGACCCAAACAAAGAAGAAAAUGUUGUAGCUUGUUCAAAGAGAAGAUGCCAAUCAUUUAGGCUGCGUCAUGCAAAUGGGAGAGGCAGGAAGCACCCUUUAGAUUGGACUGUGUUCACAUCUGUUCUUGCGGAUCCUACAACAGCUGAUGUAAUUGCACCUUCCACAUGGACAAUAGUUGGCUGCAAAAAUGGCUUACGGCUGUUUAAGGAGACAAGAGAUGCUGAUUCUCAUGGAAUGCAUUGGGAUGAUCAUCCAGCUUUAAUGGCAGUAGGUGUUAUUGAUGCAACCUCUGAGGCUGUUUUCCGGAGAGUUAUGUCUCUUGGUCCAUCAAGAUCAGAAUGGGAUUUUUGCUUACUAGAAGGUAAUGUUGUUGAACACUUGGAUGGUCACACUGAUAUCAUUCACAAAAAAUUGCGUAGUGAUUGGUUGCCAUGGGGAAUGAAAAAAAGGGAUUUAUUACUACGGCGCUAUUGGAGAAGGGAAGAUGAUGGAACAUAUGUAAUACUCUAUCAUUCUUUUUCCCACCAAAAAUGUCAACCUGAGAGAGGCUAUGUUCGUGCCUGCCUUAAAAGUGGAGGAUAUGUAAUAUCUCCAGUGAACCAAGGAAAACAAUCAGUUGUAAAGCACAUGCUUGCAAUUGAUUGGAAAUUUUGGAAGUCUUAUUUGUUCACCUCAUCCGCAGAGUAUAUUACAAUCCGAAUGUUAGGGAGAGUUGCGGCUCUCCGAGAAUUCUUCCGUGCAAAAGUUGGUAGCUGUGCUUGCUCUGAUUUUUCAUCAGGUGAGUCAACAAGGGAGAUAGGGUUGCCACAGAAUGAGAGGGAACACAUGAAACUAGAGCAGCCAGCAGAGGAAAUUAGUAAAAGUGAGGAUUCUGCAGAUGAGACACAAAGAUCGCCGGCCAAAAAUGCAAAAGCAGGUGGAUCAUUCCUUCAACUGAAUGAUGCAGCUGAUGAGUUUUUUGAUGUUAUCAAUGAAUCAGAGUAUAAUGAAGUGGAAGCUUUGUGGCCUUCUGAUGAUGGCUUGCAAACCCAGUUAGUGCAAGACCAGCGCCAUUCCAAGCUGUCAACAGCUGCAGUUUUCGUGAGAAAGUUGCAUGAUAUUGCAGUUCAAAAAAGAGGUUAUGUUGACUUACAGGAAGCCUCAACAGGAGAAAGUGUGCCAUGUAGUUAUGGAGCCACACUUCCAAAAGACCCAUGUUGCAGUUUGCCUUCCAGUUGGGCAAUGGCAGAUCCUUCAACAUUUUUAAUUCGUGGUGAAUCUUACCUACAUGAUCAUCUAAAGAUAAAAGCCAAUGGUACCUUGAUGCAAAUGGUAGCUGCUGAUUGGUUAAAAUCUGAUAAACGUGAAGAUGACCUCGGUGGUCGACCUGGGGGAAUCGUUCAGAAAUAUUCAGCACACGGUGGCAGUGAGUUCUUUUUUAUUGUACACAUACAGGUUCCAGGUUCUACCACAUACAGCUUAGCUUUAUAUUACAUGAUGGAUAGUCCACUUGAAAGUUUUCCCCUCCUAGAAAGAUUCGUCAAAGGUGAUGAUGCAUAUAGGAAUUCAAGGUUUAAACUCAUUCCAUAUAUUUCUAAGGGUUCUUGGAUCGUGAAGCAAAGUGUGGGAAAGAAAGCAUGUUUGGUGGGUCAAGCACUUGAUAUCAACUAUUUCUGUGGGAGCAAUUAUAUUGAGCUUGGUGUCGACGUUGGCUCAUCGACAGUUGCUAGGGGCGUUGUAAGUCUUGUUCUUGGUUAUCUGACCAAUCUAGUGAUAGAAAUGGCUUUUCUAAUUCAGGGUAACACGGAAGAAGAGCUUCCUGAGUUUCUUCUUGGAACUUGCAGGUUGAACCAUCUUGAUGCUUCCAAAGCGGUUCCGAGUAACCCAUGAUUACAAAUUACCUGUAUAUGAUUCUUUCAUUUGAUAGAAGUUCGACAUCGAAGCAAGUAAUGUAUGCCUCAAUAAGAGGUGCAAUAACAACUUGUAACGAUGCGAACAACUACUUUGUAUUUCGACUCUUGUUGACCUGUCAAUCGGUUGGUAAUUACCAUAGAAUUUGAUCUUUGAUUUGCAA